GAGAGGUUACACAAGCUCUGUAAAUAAUGUCUCUGUCCUCAUUCUUAAGAGGAACAAGGACAAAUAUUGUUUUUCUCAUCAGAUAACUUUUUCUUUACUCUUGGAGAGUCAUGACCAAAUCUUGUAAUAUCACAAUGUAAUUGUAAAGUCCAAUAAGGUCAAACCUUAUUGGACUUUAAAUCAGUCAAAUUAAAACUAUAAUAUUGUAAAUGUUGCACCUUUUUUCAUACAUUUACAACUUUCGCCAUACAAAAACUACAACAUUAUUCUUCUAAAAUUAUAGCCCAAUUCUUGUGAAAUUAAAACUUCAGUGUCAAAAAAUUUCUGACUUAAAGCUCCUGUAAGGGAAUUUAUGUUUCUGCCUGUCCUCUACACACACGAACAGUGUAUUCUGGGGAAAAAAAAAAAAAAAUGUCUUACUGACUUUUGACGGUCAUAUUGAAAACCAGGGCUGUUCCCUCGGCUGACACUGACCCCCUUUCACCAAUUUCAGGCAUUAAAAGUUACAAAAUAAAAUCAUCAGUAAUGGUCUUGGUUGUUGUUAAAUAUCACAAAAAGGCAUCGGUUUUAAUUUCAGUUUGUUUAGAUGUCAGAAAGCUCCUUAUAGGGACUCAAAUUCUUAUAAAUUUGCCACUUCUUUUCGAACAACUCUAUUUCUGUAAAAUAAAGGUUUAAGUCUCUCUUCCAAUUUUAGUCUUGUAAUAUUUAAACCGAAUUCUCAAGACUUUAUAACUUUAAUGCCAUGAAUUUGCAAUUCAUUCCUAGAUUAUGACUUUAUAUGAUCACUUUUUUCUCAUCAUAUUAUCACUUUAAUUUGGUAAAUUUUCUACUCUAUUCCCGAAACCAUGAUUCCUGCAUUAGCCUGAAUAUUCAGAAUUUUUCAAGAACCUGUAUAAAAUAUACAUUAUUUACCAAUGGCCAAGGGUUUAAGUGUUUAUUUUCUGCCACCUAGUGACAAAAUGAGUGUCUUUGCUUAAAGGACCAUUGCACUAAGACAUGAAACGCAUUCUUUACUUUUCAAAGUGUAUCCUGAAGUUUUUAAGAGCAUUGUCAAAACAAUGGAUUGGACAAGAUUUUAUGUAAAAGUAAAAGUGCAGAUGUAAAUGAUAUGAAGCGUGACAGUGUAAGACAAGGAUUCAGUAAAAAAAAAAAAAAAAAAAAAAUUAUGUUACUGCCCUGGCAGUAACAUAAAUGGUCCAGUGGCACAUUAUGUAACCCCCCACAUAGCCUCGAAAGGCCCUCAAGACCCAAACAUGUAAGUAAAUGGAGAUAUAUGAGCCAGCAUGUCAGCAGGGUUGUCAUGUGGGGCCCACAACACCUCAGGGAGGCUCAACAGUAAACAGAGAUAUUAUUAGUAGUAUCUUUACGGGUACAUGAAGAAUAUUUUCUUCAUUGAUCAUAGGGAGUUUUGAUUUCUCAGAGUUUAUUGGAAAACAGCACCAGUAUAAUCUAUGAUAACAUUUAGGUGUACACAGAGAGAGACGGGAAGAAGAGUGACAGAGAGGUCACCUGAAAGCAAAUCUGCUUUAUGUUAUGCUUAAAAUAACAGUUGGACCUUAAUUUGCAUCAGGUUAGAAACAUGACCAGAUAUAAAAAGGGCAUUCAGAGAGGCUGUGUUUCUCAGAGGUACAUAUAAGAAGGGGUUCAACACUCUGUGAGAGACCGAUUCUGGAUGGUUGGGAUCUUCAGGCAGCCCUGACUCUGUAGUGGAAAUCACUAAAUAGGCUCAAAAUCCCUUCCAAAAUGCCGAACAAUAUCUGCAGGUUUGGGAACAUCUGAUGCCAUCCAGACAAUGACUCUCUAAGGGAAGAACUUCAUAUUUUGGCAAGACAAUGACACACCACAUUCUGCGGGGAAUACAACAACAUGGCUCUAUAGUAAAAGAGUCCUGGUCCUGGGUUGGAAAUGAGCUUUGUAAAUGUUAUGCCUGAUAAAAGAUAACCUGUAGAGAAUCCUUGUUAUAGUUUAUCAUUUUAAUGCUGUUUUCACCAGAGUUAAAUCAAUUGACUGAAACCAGGGCCCUGAACAAGUUCCUCAAUGUGUGCCCUCACACUGCAGCUGGAUGUGUUCCUCAUAAAUUAACGUGUUUGUAGCCUUAAAAAUUUAAGAAAUACAUUUAUGAUUAUCGAGUAAAAGAGUUCCGAGAUUAAACUGCAAAUAUUGAAGUCGUAAAUGUAUUAAUAUUAGGUCAUAUAACUACAAGAAUUAAGUCACAACCCACAUUCUGCACAUAUUGCAUGGCUCCAUGGUGGAAGGGUCUGCUGCAGUCCUGACCUGUUGAAACAAACGACAUGAAAAAAAAAAAAAAUGUCUUAAACCGUUGAGCAGCUGAAAUCAUAACAGGUAAGGAUGGGACGAGAUUUCACAUUCACAGAUACUUCAUAUCUGAGCGCACGAAUCGUCCGGGUGCAGCACAGCCACCUUUCGAUUACGAUGCUGUUUAUCAUCGGUGUUUAUAUGAGUAGAAACCAGCAUAUGGCCCAUUCUCCCGCUAUUAUUGCCGUUAUGACAGGCCACCACAUGGAGCCAGUCGGCGGGUCUGGAGAGGAAGCGAGAGAGGGGGGACACCCGGUCCCUAAGUGGAGCUCACCAACAAAAGCGAGCAGAGACAGCUGCUCUCUCUACAGUCCACAACACUAAAGAUCUGAAACAGGGAUCUGGCAGUGGCGAGGUGCCAAAAAUCCCUCCUCUUAAAAGCCCGACACUCUUCUUCCUCCAUAAUAUGCAUUCAAGUUUUGAGGUUCUUCAUGGGGAAAUGCUGCGCAAUAGUGGCACCGUGCGUAAAAUAACGCCCGAAAACACGUUUAAAUUUACCUGGAAGGUAGCACAGAUCCAUGCGUGGACCCUUGUCGGUCAGACAGAACCACAUUGUGAAGGCAAUUUGCAUGAUAAUACAUUGCAAAAAAACAUGUAUAAUAAGGGGAGGGUUUAGAGGGUUGAGCACACGUAUUAGUCAUAAACAAACAGACAUCAUGCGUAGGCUAAAGGAGCGAAUGAGCUCAUCCAAUCACAGAAUUAUUGAAGUUUUAGCAUAAAUCACAAAGGUCCAAAUUUCCCAUGUAUGGAGAGAUCCAAGUUUCAAAUAUUGCAAUAUUUUAGACACACAUUAUACACCAAUAAAACUUAAUAAAUGUACAAACGGUUUAUUUUUUAGCCAAGCACACCAGUCAUUGAAAGACUCGAACACAGCAGAACUGAAAACUUGAGAAUGCAGUUGAACACAAAUCAGGAGUCACCGAACAACGAGGAGAACAAACGAGGCGCAGGGCAACACCUGUCGCUUUCUUUGGAGAAGGGCUCUUAAUUCCCCCGGCUGAUUCAGUUUGGGCCGAGGGGCCGCCGGCAGCAGCUGCCAACUGAAGGCAUCGCGUUACAUCCGCCAAACAGCCGAGUAAAUCUGCUGAGGCCCGGACAUAGAGGCCGACGGAAAAGAAGGACGGUCGGGCAGAUACCAGCAACACCUUUCAAAGCAGAGUAGGGUCAUGUCCCACCAUUUCUUCUUUUAACAACGCCACGAUUUUGUUGGGGAACCAGAGUUUUGGAUGCAAAACUUUACCCUAUAUCUGCCUGAUUUAGUAUUUCUGCUGUUUAGGGUUUCCUUUGUAUUUGUGUGUGUGUGUGUGUGUGUGUGUGUGUGUGUGUGUGUGUGUGUGUGUGUGUGUGUGUGUGUGUGUGUGUGUGUGUGUGUCUCAAAGCCGAGACUGCAGACCAGGCAGUAAAGCCACCACACACUUUUCCCACAGAGCCAUGCUGCUGUAAUACAUACAGAGUGUAGUUUGUUUGUCAUGUGGCUGGCAGUAUAUGUUGCUCUUGAACCCGUAUACAGUUCCUUGAAAAAGUAUUUAUACCCCUUGAACUUUCUCACAUUUUGUCACUCUACAACCACAAACUUAAAAGUAUUAUAUUGAGAUUUUUUUGUCAUAGACCAACACAAAGUAGCCCAUAAUUGUGAAGUGGAAUGAAAAUGAUACAUGUUUUUUUUUUAUUAUUUUAACAAAUACAAAUCUGAAAAGUGCGGUGUGCAUUUGUAUUCAGCCCCUGUGCUCUGAUACCCCUAAAUAAAAUGCAGUGCAUGGAAUUGCCUUCAGAAGUCACCUAAUUAGUUAAUAGAGUCCACCUGUGUGUAAUUUAGUAUCAGCAUAAAUACAACAGCUGUGUGAAGGCCUCAGUACUUUGUUAGAGCACUAGUCAACAAAGAGCAUCAUGAAGACCAAGGAACUCACCAGACAGGUCAGGGAAAAAGUUGUGGAGAAGUUUAAAGCAGGGUUAGGUUAUAAAAAAUAAUACAUCCAAAGCUUUAAACAUCUUGAGGAGCACUGUUCAGUCCAUCAUCCAAAAAUGGAAGAAGUAUGCCACAAUUGCUAACCUACCAAGACAUGGCUGUCCACCUAAACUGACAGACCAAGCAGGGAGAGCACUGGUGAGAGAAGCAGCCAAGAGGCCCAUGGUCACUCUGGAGGAGCUGCAGGAAUCCACAGCUAAGGUGGGAGAAUCUGUCCACAGGACAACUAAAAGUUGUGAACUCCACAAAUAUGGCCUUUAUGGAAGAGUGGCAAGAAGAAAGCCAUUGUUGACUGAAAGACAUAAAAAGUCCUGUUUGUAGUUUGCCACAAGCCAUGUAGGGGACACAGCAAACAUAUGGAAGAAGGUGCUCUGGUCAGGUGCGACCAAAGUUGAACUUUUUGGCCUGAAUGCAAAGCACUAUGUAUGGUGGAAAAGUAACACUGCUCAUCAGCCUGAACACACCAUCCCCACUGUCAAACAUGGCGGUGGCAGCCUCAUGCUGUGGGGAUGCUUUUCUUCAGCAAGGACAGGGAAGUUGGUCAGAGUUGAUGGGAGGAUGGAUGGAGCUAAAUACAGGGCAAUCCUGGAAGAAAACCUGUUGGAGGCUGCAAAAGACUUGAGACUGGGAAAGAUAUUCACCUUCCGGCAAGACAAUGAGCCUAAACAAACAGCCUGAGCUACAACGGAAUGGUUUAGAUCAAAGAAUAUUCAUGUGUUAGAAUGGCCAAGUCAAAGUCCAGACCUAAAUCCCAUUGAGCAUCUGUGGCAAGACUUGAACAUUGCUGUUCACAGAUGCUAUCCAUCCAAUCUGGCUGAGCUUGAGCUAUUUUGUCCUCACAAACACUUGUUAUGCUGGGAGCCCAUGCAAUGAUUUCUACGUCACAGUUAGGUUUGUUUUUAAUGCAAUGCUGCCUGAGGGUUCAAAAACCACAGCCUCCCAGUCAUUUUUUGGAACAUCAUUUGAAAUUAUUGGCCUUCCUGCAGUCCCUUACAAAGUGGUGAAUCUCAUCCCACCUUUACUUCUAAAGGGUCCCUGUUUCUAUUUUCUAUUUAUUUUUAAAAUUGGGAACAGUACAUAUUGAUGAACAUUUACAUGUAAUGAUGUGGGACUAUAGCCAAACGGCCAAUUUCCAUCCCCAGUCCCAUUGGCAGGUUGAUGUUAAACAUAAAAGCAAUAAUGUUAAAAGUACAAACAACACGACCAAGACAGUAAAACAAUGCACUGACAACAUACACAUAAUAUACAUAAACAACAUACACAGACCAAAAACUAAGUUGCCAAUAGUAAGGGGACCAAAAAGAUUAAAAGAGAAUUGUAAAGUGCUAAAGUGAUAAUUAGAGUGUCAUGUGCUAAAGGUGUUUAAAGUGCCAUUUGCUACAGAACAGCUUGUUAAAGUGACAAGUGCAUAAGUGCGAAAUUACAUUGAAUUGCAUGAUGCCCAUAGCACACGAUUGCCCUAACAGAUGUGUGUCUAAAAUUGCAAUUGUAUACAUAAAUGUAUUAUGUACACCCUUUAGUAACAAAUUUGCAUACAUGAAUGAGAAUAUGUACACCAGAACAAAUUAAGAGUGGUAUCCCAAGGCAAUUCGCCAUUUAGACAUGACAAACAAUUUCAGACAUGAUUAUGAUGGUAGGUCUGGUUUUCCAACAGCCAUGACUUGAGAUGUUUAGUAAAAGAAGUGAGGGUUGGGAGUUCACAUAUGGUGCUAGGUACGUGGUUCCAGGAUUGCGAUGCACGAAAGGAGAAUACAGCUUGACCAAAAGCACUUUUCCUGAGCGGCACAACACAAUCACCUCUAGAGCUUACUCUGGUUGGAUUUUUUUUUAAAUAAACUCAUGAGGUGGAGGUGGAGCUUGACUAUGAAUAAUUUUGUAGAUCAAUACAGAGUCAGCAUAUAUUUUGUGAUUACUAAGGUAGUUAACCACCACCAGGGUGUGACUGUGUGAGCGAAUGAAUGAUGUAUCCAAUGUAAAGCGCUUUGAGGGUCUCUGAUAAGGCGCUAUAAAAAUCGAAUGCAUUAUUAUUAUUAUGACAGACCAAAAUUUAGUCGCUCAAGUUUCUUCAGUAUCAGACAAUGAUGGUACAUAUUAGAUUUUCUAUCAAGUAGUUUUAGGGCUUGUUUAUAGACCGUUUCAAUUGGCUUCAGAGCUGUCUUACAGGCUGUUGUCCAACUAGUUAUGCAAUAAAGCAUGUGUGGCAUAAUCAUUGCAUCGAGGUAUAGCUUAGCUGAUUCUGGAGUCAAGUUAUUUCGACUAAACUCAGUUUCAGCUUUACAGUCCAGUAUCUUCAGCUUGCUUCCUGCAGGACAAUGAUAUUUCUGCAGCUGAAUGGGACUACAAAUAGUACUGUGGAAAAAUAGUGCGGGCGGGCCCCUAACCCUAGAAACUGUCUGGUUAAAGCCCAUCCAGCUCCUCGGGGCGCAGACCGGGUCUGACCGAAGACAAAAGAAGAGGGCGCUCAUUGGCUCCGGCCGUGUGCGCUCUGUUGUCCCCCAGCAAGAGCAGCCCAGUCCCUAUUCACAUGUUAAUAAGCCCCUAUAAAUACUAACAGCAGCUACACAGCGCCAGCAGCACGUCUCUCCAGGACUGUACAAUAAACACAGGGCGCCACGCCUCGCCUGUGAGUGGGUCGAUUGUCUCUCCUCCUGUAACCGGCUUCGCUUGCCAGCUGCUCCUCGCUGAGGACUCCGGAGGACUCCGAAGCAGCGGAGGGAGAAGCCUUGGAAGCGGUGAUCUGACCAACAUGGCCCCCGCUGCUCGGCCCGGCGACACUGGACCUGGGAUGGAGGAGGAUGAGUCCUACUACGGUCUCCAAAAAGGGGACAGAAAGGUACUAACCGUGGGGCUGUUUGAGGGAUUAGAGGCUCACUGGACAUAACGUCGACGCUACUGGGAAAACCCACAGAUUUUUACAGUCAAUUUAUAAACACAAUUCUGCGGCUUCAUAGAUCAAGAAAUACAAAACUAGUUUGAAUUUAGACAUCCGUACGAGUCAAAUUUUGUGUCCCUGCAGACUAGGAAGCCUCUGGUGGAGAAGAAGAGGAGAGCUCGUAUCAAUGAGAGUCUGCAGGAGCUGCGGACGCUGCUGGCGGAUACAGACGUGAGUACUACAUCCCGCUCCUCCUACACCACAGCUUACCUUGCAGAAGAAGAUCCAGAUUUUGAACUCGGCUUCAUUAACAAAAAAAAAAAAAUGUCACAGUUUCAUUCCAAGAUGGAGAAUGCGGAGGUGCUGGAGAUGACGGUGAAGAAGGUGGAGGACAUACUAAAGAACAGAAGCCAAGGUCUGAACAGCUCUGCUCACUAUCAUUAAACAAACCGAGUAUCAAAAGUCUGCAUUAUUGUUCUAGCUUUGACUUUAAACUGAUCCUCCUAUUUUGCAUCCUCCUGAACCCUACGACCUGCGUGAUCAGACCUCUGCGUGAAACCAAGCUGUGCAAUCUCUGUGAUAUCUCAUUGAUGUUAAACUCUACUAAUAUUCCGGAGAAAGCAUCACUUCAGACAUGCAACCAAAAUGAUACCACUCAGCUCUGAAAAUUUCAAGACUGAUGCACAUCUUCAUUAAUUAGAAGCAGAUAUUAGAGAAACAUACCCCAAAUAAUGAGUUUAAAUCAUGUUCAGUCUUGUCAGGUUAAUGGAUGAUAAACUGUCUGUGUGCUUCAACAUUAACCUGAAGUUUACUGCAGAGAUUCACAGAAGUGGAACUUGAGUCUUGACUGUCAAAUAUGACUCCGAUAUGAGUAAUAUAGACUUGAGUUCAUGCACUUAUUCUUUAAAAUACUUACAUUUUCAAACCCAUUAACAAAAAAAUCUGAGACUUUGCUGUAUUUUCAUAAUGCACGACUGAUGAUACGAAUGCAUGUGUGCAAGUACUUUUAAGUGAUUAUUUACAGUUUAUUUGUUGGAGACAAAUGCAAUAUACAUGCACUGAUGAUUUGGGAACAGCUGCAUGCAAGUUUUGGAUGCGUAUUUGCAACACCGUCACUCGAACGUUUGUAAGAAUAAAGUUAAAAAGUUAAAAAUGGUGAAUUAAAAGGUAAACUAGGUGCAGUAUAAAACAACAGACACAUUUAGCGAGGACACAGUAGCAGAAAAUCAGGUAUGAGAACCAAGUUUGUCAGAUAUGGUAUUGUCCAGUGAAAAAGUGAGAAGCUUCCUCCAAAAAGUAAUACUCAAGUAAAGCAGAUUAGCUCAAAAAUGGACUCAAAGUAUUGUGAAUGAACCUUAUUACUAUCCUAUCCUGUGGAUCAGGCCCCCCCGAUUUGGAGUAGAGGGGUAAAAGACAUAGUCCUGCUGCACCAAAUUUUGCAUUAUUUAAAAAAAGAAAGAAAGAAAUCCCUAAAUUUGCUGCAUUAGUCACCACUUAGAGGCUCAUGCAAUGAAUUAAGAGAUUAAAGGAUCACGAGACACAGAGGUCAAAGACUUUCAUUUAGAGAGUUUAGAAGUGUUUGUGAACAGUUCCAUAAAUAGAGUUUGGAUUUGAUCACCCUUUGUUUUCACCAAGCUGAUACAGACUCAGCUGGGACCUCAUUUUGCCACAGCGAUUUCAUUGUCAUUGUCUCCUCUCUGCAGAAACAGACACUCUCAACCGAGAAGCCAGUGAGAGGUUUGCUGCCGGCUACAUCCAGUGCAUGCACGAGGUCCACAUGUUCGUCUCCAGCUGUCCUGGCAUAGACUCCACAGUGGCAGCAGAGCUCCUUAACCACCUGCUGGAGUGCAUGCCCUUAAACGAGGACCACCUCCAGGAUGUGCUGAUGGAUCUAUUCACUGACACUGCUGGGAAUAACAGCAGCACUUGGCAUGGAGGCAGUGAGGCGCUCUGCACUACUCUGGCAUCGCCUGGAGGAAGGAGCCUCUCCAGCGGCUUGUCCUCCGCCCUCUCCCCAGCUCCUUCCACCAUGUCCAGUGAGGAUUUGUGCUCUGACCUGGAUGAGACCGACAGUGAGCACAACCAGAGCUCCACAGAGGGUUCAGACAGCAGGGAGGCCCUCGGCAUGCCCAGUAUGACCUACCCCCGGUCCAUGUGGAGACCCUGGUAGGAGGCUGGAGUUUGGAGGGUACAGCAAGAAGAGGGUUUGUGCACCCCCUGAGAAGAUUUAGUGGCACCAAGAUAAACCUUAGAGGACAAAAAUCCACUGUUACACACAGAAAAACUAUGGGGGGGUGCACUUUGCAUCACAUUUUCUCCUACAGACGCAUGCGUGGAUAUACAGUAUAGUUUCUGGAUUCCCCUCAUGGACAUCCUGUCAGCAGAUGGAGUGACUAUUUCAGCUCUGAGCAACUGCAAAUCUUUCUGCAUAAUUUGUUUUUCCUAAAGUAGCAGCUUUUUCUUUGCAUUCUGGGAAAUGGAGGAAAUGUAAUCCCAUCAGAGAUUGAACAGAGGGGAACCAUGUAGCAUUUUAACCAGGAAAACACACCUAAAGUGCUUUGUUUAUUACCAAAAAGAUGGGUGGAAAAAAAGCAUGUAACAGGGUUGAAUUUUCCUCGAUCUCACCAGGAAACUUCUCUCGCUGUCUUUUUCAGUCUGACUCCUGGAUGUAAGUGCUCUGUUGUUACCUUUCCUCACACUGGAGAAAGCUGAAAUCUUUACACUCAACUUUACUGUACAAUAGACCCAACAAAGGACUUCAAAUGAGCAGCUUGAGCUCAAAUGUUUUUUGUGUGUUUGUGUGUAAAGGAUUUGUAUGUGGAGAAAAAAAAAGCUCUUGUAGAAAACCAGAUGUUCGGCAUUGCCUCUGAUUAAUAUAAAUAUUUCUAUCGUAUUUCAUGAAGGCCUGUAGUUUAUUGGACCUGUAGCCUUUUUCAGAGUGAUUACUUUAUGUUGUAACACUUAGAAAUGUCUGUAAAUGUUUGAAUUUGCCUAAUAAAUAAUGUUAAAAGAAAGCUGCUUCCUACCUUGGCCUAAUAUGUUGAAACAGGGGGCCGACUUGUCAUUCCUUUUUUUUUAUGAUUUGAAGUGAAAUAUUGUGAAGUAGUUUUGGCUAUUUUGUCAUUCUUGAAAAUUCCUCUUGGAAAUACUGCAUGCAUCAGCUGUAGUUAUCUGCUGCAUCUUCUGCUAAAAGACGCCAAAAAGGGCCACAUGGUUAAUCCUGAAUGCAUAUGCAUUUAAGCCUAAAUGAGAAAGGCUUUUCAACCAGAACCAGAAAGCUUAUUUGGUGUCUGUUAGAAAGAGCUAUGCAGCAAAAAACCGCCAGUGCAGGCGGCAUUUUCAUAGUGUAUCAAGGACUGCUUUUCGUUUUGAAGUUAAACUUCAUUAUGUGUACUAUGCAUGCAAAAUUAGAAUAUUAUUUUUGCUCAAUUUUACAUUGCUGCUCUUGUGAGGAAUAUUUUGGCACCAUGUGGACAAAGCAGUACAUCUGCUUGGCCUUGCUGAUAUUGUCUUGUGCAGAUAAAAAAUUGUUGUUUUUUUUUACUAAAAUAAAUAUGGAAAUCUCAUCUUGCUUUUCGAAAA